AUGUUCUCGUACAUGCUGAGUGGGCGGCCUUACAUCUGUGAGCUGAUCGAAUACCUGCAAGAGUUCCUGAAGAUCGUGGUAAACUUGUUCGUUUCUGCAGAGCAGCUGACCAGGAAAGUGGGCGCGCUCUACCUGCUGUACGGCAUCUACAUGAAGGUGCCGCAGGCGGCCAGGCAGCUGGUGCUGAUCCGGGUCACACCGCAAACGCUGGCCGAGCUGAAGACGACUCGAGACCGGGCCAAGGCCGAUGACCACCACGACGCCCUUUUCGUCAUAUACCAGCUCUUCCACAUGGGCGCGUUCGUCUUCGUAGCUCACCAGCACGAGAUGGCGCCGGAACUGCGGCACCGCUGGGUGAUGGACCAGCUGGGCGAGGAGCGGGAGGCGCCAGACGUGGAGGAGCCCAGCCCCGUCCUCGAGUACCUGGAGGACGGCGGCCUGCAGCAGCUCUCCACACUGCAUGAAAAAUACGAGGCCAUCAAACGGGAACUGUUUCAAGGCGCCGCGGGCCGCCGCCUGUCAACACUCGGUACGGACGUGGCGCAGGAAAUCAGCUCCAGACUGAAGACGGUGACUGGCGGCCCCCAGCCGGAGCCGCCGCCCACCUCCUCCUCCUCUAUAUUGGAGCAGCGCGAGAAGGCGCGCGGGCGGGCGUUCGCUCGCUUCCACCAGCCAGCAGCCGCCGUCCAGUCCGACGACGAGACCUCAGCUGGCAGCCAGCAGUCGCCACUCGAGGACGUCAUGACGCGCUCCUCGCGAAAGCAGGCCCUGCAGGAGGCGCCUGUGCGCCGUUUUGGCCCUCUGCUCUGUAUCCUCCGCGACGGCCACUGCGUCCUGUCCCAUCCGUUGGUCUUCCGAUUGCUAUACGUUGCAUGA